AUGGCCAUGAUGGGUGUCAGAAUUGCACCAGUGUCUUCUUUCUUUUUGAUACUAUUCGUAUCUCUUGUAGCAGGCAAGGAUUCACAAGAUGUCGUAUCCUUGGAGUCCUGUCGUCAGUCUGGUUUUGAUCCAUUGCAGCUGGCAUGCGACACCUGUGAUUUGUUGCCGGAAUCCGUAGUCAAUAAAUGCCGUGGCUGUUGUCAACCCUUCCGAAAUGUGAAUGCCAAAGCAAAACGAUAUGAGGCUGCAGUUCUACUCCAUCCAGAGGGACAGAGCUUCUUCCCCGAAAUUGAUGAACUGUACAACGAAGAUGUUAAAGGUAUCCAGCAGCAAAAAGGAAAGAAACGUUUCUUCACCAAGACCAUCGAAUCAGCCAGUUACUUUGCGCCUUCCCCGUCCAUGAUAUUGUGGUUCAAUGAAAUACCUGGUUCCAGUGCAACGGUUACCAACCUGAAAUCAAAGGCAGCGGAGAUAAUCAUGUUGGGUGGAUGGAAAAGAGACGAGGCACGAGACAUGCUGCUAGCGUUGCUUCCAGAUGCUUAA